AUGUCUGGUAUCAAAUCAAAGGGCGGAGCGUCAAUUGAGGAGAGUGAUACAGUCAGGACGCCUGUCGAGCAGACCGUCACAAGCGAAAAUCAGGCCAAGGAGGCGCGGGACGACGUCAAAGGAGCAGGGCACGCGCCCGCCGUGGUCUUCACGGACCAGAACAACAAGAAGGGUGCGCACAAGCCAGGUACAGUGACGGACUUGGACAAGGAGAGCUGA